GCCCCACGAUGCAGGAACGUGCAGGCGCAUUUCCCAAGUCGGCAAGGGCUGGGAUGACAGGCCAGGGUCGACGGCAUUGAGGAUGGAGCCGGUGUCCACGAUGGUAUCCAUACCGGGAUGGGAGUAAUGGCUGUAAGGCACACGGUUUGAGCGUUGGCGCAUAGCCGGGGCAAGAGACGAAUGUCUAUCGCCAUGUACAACCCAGACGCAGUGACGAAAUGGGAGGCCAAGACUCGAAUGAGGCGCAAGGAUCUGACUGUACGGUCGGGUGCUCGGUUUAGGGGCCUGGAAACCAUAUAUACCAUGGUCAACCAGCUCUCUGAUUUCGAUUCUUUUCUCAGCAGCCCAUCUCAGUCUCAAGUCAAGCCAACUCGCUUACAGUCACUCCUUUACAACAACUACUCCAACUAAGUCAUUCUUUAAUUUCUAAUACAUUCUUCAACCGCUACCAUGCAGUUCCUCAAGUUUGCUCUCUUCGGCGCCGCCAUUGCCGCCCCUAUCGUCGAUGACGUCCUGGUCAAGGUCGACGGAGUCCUCCCCAAGAUUGACAACGUCAGCAAAGUCGCUGGUGUCAAUGUCGUUCGUGGUGACACUGCUGUUGUCACCGUCUACAGCGCUGUCAGCAGCGUCAAGGCUCUCGUUGAGGCUGAGCUGUCCAGCAUCGAAUCCGUUCUCGGCAACGUCGUCUCUGAGGAUGUUGUUCCUCUUGUCAACAAGGCCCUCGGCAACGUCGUCUCCGAGGUCGAUGGCCUCGUCAGCGAGAUCGUCCCCCUCGUUGUUGACAUUGUCUUCCCCCUCGUUGAGAGUGAGCUCGAGAACGUCCCUUCCCUCUUAACUGAGGUUGAGGGCCUCAUUUCCGACAUCGACUCUACUAUCAACAAGCUCUUGGCUGCCGUCGUUGGUGAUGUCCUCGCUGCUCUCAAGCCCGAGAUCAAGGCUGUUCUUCAGCUUGUUUCUCCUCUCCUCGCCCCUGUCCUUACCCUCGCCGAUGGUGUCGUCAGCACCGCCACUGGUCCCGUUGUCGCUGAUGUCAACAGCCUCGUCGUCGACAUCAACGGUGUUGCCGGUGGUAUCCUUUCUCCUGUCUCUGGCCUCCUCGUCAAGAUUGUCUAAGUGCAGUUCAUUUAGAAGCGAAGGAGAAAUCAUUGUUCAUAGAGAUACCCUCAAGGAGUUUGGAAAGCGUUUAUAG